GCAGAGAGAUGUGGCUGCUGAGAGUUUUGGUGCCUCUUGUCAGGCUGUAUUUAUGCGGAAUGAAGGUUCUUCUCUAUCAGAUGUUCAACAGAUCUUUUACGCUACCAGGUACUCAAUAAGUGAAGGCAUCCAAGUGGAUUGCUUACUGAAGGAACCAAUGGAGGCUAAAAGUUCAGGACCUUCAUGCUCUGGCCUCAAUCUGGUUGCACACCCACGGGCAAAAAGCAAAGUCUGGAAAUACUUCGGCUUUGACACAGAUGCAGAUGGCUGCAUAUUGCACUGGAAACGGAUAUACUGUCGCGUAUGUAUGAGUCAAAUCGCCUAUUCCGGAAACACCUCCAAUCUGUCGUACCACCUUGAAAAGAACCACCCCGUAGAGUUCAGUGAGUUUGUGAAGAGCAACACAGAUCAGAUGCGCGAGGCAUUCGCCACGGCAUUCUCCAGGAUAAAGACUGAGCCUUCAGGUCUACAUGUUCAGCAACAAUCCCAGGACACAAACUUAAGGCAGAGCUUAGACUACGAAAACAGACGACACAAUGAUCUGACUGCUGCUGUCAUCAACUUCGUCUGCGAGGGUUUGUAUCCUGCAUCUGUAGUUGAAGAGCCUACUUUCAAGACCUUGAUGAGUACCAUUGAUCCUGGCUACUCUCCACCAAGCAAAAGUGACUUGGUAGUCAAAAUGCUUCCUCAGAUGUAUUGCCGUACCCGGGACAUGGUCUUUAGUGAGCUUACUGGGGUUGUGAACUGUGGUGUUACGACAGACCUUUGGCAAAGCCAAACCCAGAAUAGAACAUACAUUUCACUGUCUAUGCAUUCAGUUAAUUACAACAGUACAACUGGCUUCUCUAUGACCAACAAGUGCCUAAAAACUUUUGAAGUACAAGAGGACAACACAGCCGAGAACAUCACCAGAGCGAUGUAUGAAGCCUUCGUUGAAUGGGGGAUAACUCAUAAAGUCAGCGGUGCCACCACAAAUGGUUCGGUGGACAUCGUCAAAGCAUGCUCUCUCCUGGAACUGUCAGUGGAAAUGCCUUGCCUUGGACAUACCAUCAAUCGUGCAAUGGAUGAAGCCUUCCAGCUGCCGGGAGUCGACAACUUUCUGGGAUGUUGCCGCAAACUUGUUGAUCAUUUUAGAGAACCAGCAAUGUAUCUGCUGAGGGAUAAACAGAAGCAGCAUGGCCUCACUCAGUGUGCACUCGUCACAGACAGGUGCAGGUCUUGGUUGGCCACGUUGGCAAUGUUACAAAGACUGAAAGAGCAACAGGUUGCUGUAACUGCAACACUUAUAGACAGUUCCAGCAACCACCAUUUCAGCUUUGAUGGUUCUGACUGGGCCUUGUUGGAGGGCUUGACUGAAGUCCUCCAGCCUUUUAAAGUUGUGACAAACAUGAUAACUUCUUGCAGGUAUCCAACCAUUAGCAUGGUUAGGCCUGUACUUCACAUGCUGUUGAACAACACCCUCAAGGUCAAGGAAGGGGACCUCAAAGAGAUCAGCAUGACCAAAGAGGUUAUCUCAAAGGUCCUAUCAAGCACCUAUUCACAGAAUUCGCAACUAUCACAAGAAAUUUCAACGUUCCUCAACAUUGCUACGUUCCUCGAUCCUCGGUACAAGAAAUUGCCUUUCCUGUCCACUCAGGAACGCUCCAAAGUUGAGGAUAACAUCAUCGAAGAGGCGAAAGCAAUCCUUGAGAAGCAAACUGCUGAGCGAGCAUGCCUAGAUGAUUUCUCUUUGGUAUCUGAGGAGCCACCGAGCAAAAAGCAGACGCCUCUAAGAGAAUCUUCAGCCAGCAGUGCAACCCAAGACAACCCUUUGGCUGCCAUAUUUUGCCAGUCUGAUGCAGACCAGAGCCAGGAGGAGCUGCAUGCACAAGUAGUAGAGGAGCUGAGCAACUACAAAUCACAACGAGUCCUAGGCCUGAAUGAAGACCCUUUACUGUGGUGGUCGAGUCAUGCGCCCUUGUUCCCCACCCUCCCAAAGGUGCUGCAGAAGUACUGGUGCGUCCCUGCCAUGAGUGUACCUUGUCACAGGCUGUUCAGCUCGUCCGGCACUGUUCUGUGCGGGAAAAGGAAUCGUUUAGCUCCAUCUUUAGUCGAUCAGCAGGUCUUCUUGUAUGAGAACUCGCGAGGCUACUUUGAGCCUGAACCCUGUGAGGAUGAUUUGGAGAAUGUUUGGGAAGGAAACUGUUGUCUGGGUCAGCCACUUGAAUGACUGUGUGAUAGCAAAACGUCAAACGUCAAAUUCUAAUGACUUUAUUCCCUGCAUACAGCAUUAUGAACAUGUAAUGGACCUCCAAACCUGUCUUCAAGUUUUUUAAGUUCAAGACAAUAACCUGCAUGAAAAUGGUUUGUCCUGUUUUCUCUCAUCGGCUGAUUUUAAAAGAAUCGCGUAAUACUUUGGCGGAAAACUCCAUAUCUGUGUUCUUUCUGAGAGUGAGGUGAGGAGAUUGUCGUCAAUCUCAUGCCUCUGCUUUAAGCACAGAGCUAAAGCCAGGACAUGUUUAGCCCAGCGAGCACAAAGACUGGAAACAGGAGAAACGGCCGGCCUGUGCCUGUCCAGCAACGCAUGCCUUCAAAGCCCACUAGUUAACUCCCAUUUGUUUAAUCCAUAUAUGGAAAUAUGAAAAACAACUAUUUAGCUGUUGUUGCUCAAGAAAUAGCUCCAACGCUCCCACAAAACCAUGCGUUGUUAUUUUAAGCCAUGCUAGCCAAGUGGCGCUAGGUCCAAAACUAAAUAUGUCAAGUUUUGGAUGGAUUGGCGUGAAAGAUUUUACAUGGAUCCAUGUUCCCCAAAGGAUGGAAGCUAAUGACUUUGAUGAUCCUCUGACCUUCUAUCUAGUGCCAUCACCUGGUCAAAGACUUACUCUGUGUUAGUGCUAUUUAUGGAAUAAUAGUAUGCUGACACACUAAAUCAGAUAAUAAAUAUUAUUAAAUAUUAAGUAAGUCAUUGUUAGCAUGUUGAUGUUAGCAUGCGCUAAUGCAAAUAAGUCACAUUGCAUUAAUUAGUGAUUAGCUUUAGAGGUCUUUCUACGUUUCUACUUUGAGCAAAGCCAGGCUAGCUGUUUUCCCCUGCUUCCAGCCUUAAUGCUAAGCUAGGCUAACCACCUCCUGAUUCUAUACUUGACGUGCAAAAGUUCAAUUGAAACAAUUGUUCUUAUCUCAGAAAGAAAGGAAAACUGCUAUGGUUGAUGUCACAUUUUUACUUCAUCAUGGUAGUUGUAUUUUUUUUUUUUUUCAGCCGAAAUCUGUCCAGAAAAUGUAGUUCACUGAAACAGAACUGAUAUCUUCAUACUGGAUCCAACAAAUCUGUAAUCAACGACUAAAAGAAUUGUGAUGAUAAUAGAAUAAUCAUUGUGUUGUCUGUCACUAUCUCUGCCUCCUACUAACAGCUGCUCAGUGCGUUGUAAGCUCUGUUCUGCCUUUUUGGCCUUUUCUGUUGCACUCCGAAUUUCUCUUUUCAGGCUCAAUGAUUCAACUUUUUUAGUUGGGAUUGGGAUGUAUUUUGUGAACACCUACUGCAUAUAGAUAUUUCAGCAUUAGCGACGGACAAACUUUGAAAAUGUCUUGCUCUGCAGAACAAUGGCGCAUGCAAACGAUCAUGUAAAGGAGCUUUAUUGAAGUAAAGAUCUUGUUUUCCACAUUUGCCUGACUGUUUGAUGUAAAUACAUUUGCACUUGUUCAUCUUUAACAUUGGGCAACAGAUUUAGUCGUAUUAAUCAACUCUUGUUUUACAGAUUAGACCUUCUGGCCCUAGCAUAGUCCACAUUGUUUACCCUUCUGUUCUGGUCCAUGUCAGUCCACAUUUGAUUGUAAAGCCUGUAGACUCUGACCUGGACUGAUUGGCCUCUUGCUUUAAAUGCUGUGCGGCAGCAUUUUAUCUAACACACAAACUGCUGCUAAUAAGUCUCAAGAGUCCUUCCUCCCUGCAAGGUCAGGAUCUGAGCAGCGCCUGUGAUGCCACAGCAUUAAAUCCUACCUGUUAUUAACACCACUCAUGUGGUCCCCUCUCUCCUCCUGCACAGUCCUGCCCAAGCAAAAUGGAAGGGUUGCCAUUGUGACUGGGGGGACCAGAGGAAUGGGUUUUGAGACAGCGAGACACCUGGCAAACCUGGGCAUGCAUGUUGUCAUAGGUAGGCUCCUGUCCGAUCAUAUGCCUUUAGCCAGAUCAUAUGCAGGUUAUUACAUUUCUCUGCUGUCAAAAAGAAGACACGGGUUUAUGCAGCAUUAAUUGUGCAAAAUCCAGUUUUUAUUUUCAGAUUCAACAAAGGGGCCUAAUACACAACGUUCUGUUUUGGGGAUUUGGAAAAUUUUAAAUGCUAAUUUUCCUGAUUGGUGGCUAAUUUGAGCUACUGCUAUUUGUGGUUUGUGUCCUAAUGUUUUUACGAUGUAUAGAAGAAUUUAUGUUAAAGUUGGUGCACAUGUGUCGAGUAGAUGACCAAUGAGUGUGACAGAUCCACCAGUAGCCUCUGGAGGAUCUGCCACUUUGCACCUUAACCCCCAUCAGACUAAAUCCCAUUGAACUGAUUGAGGUAAUGGUCUUACAUUUGAAUCAAACAGCAGAAACUACCCCCAGUCGAUGCUUUGUGAUUACAUGUUCUGUGCCACAUAUAAACAGAGAUGACCUGAGCUUUAGCCAGUCUUGUUGAGUCAGUGGCGGCAGUUGGAUUGAGUUGAAAUGGAUAUCUGCUGGACGCCCGCCCACCAAGCUUCUCUGAUCUCCAUCAUCUCCAGCUGGGAACGAGAAAGAAGAGGGUGCAGC